GUAUUAUGUAUAUGCUGCAUAAUAUAACCUAUAAAAUUUCGUUUAUCAUAUAGCAAUAUUGAAAUUAUUUUUGAAAUAAUUAAAUAUUUAGAGAGAAAAAAUAAGUUACACGUCAUCAAAUAUGAAUCACAUGACGGAUCCUAAUCUACCUGUACAACCGCGAGAAAACGUAAUAUUGACUCAUGAAGAGAUAAGGAUUCUCAAAGAAUGCGCUCGAGAAGGUAUUGUUCAAAGGGCUAUUCCUUUGGGUAUUGUUUUUGGUGUUGGUGGCUUUAUGCUAGCCAGGUCAGGGGCCUUACAUCACCGUGUGUUUGGAGCAAUGCCCACUACUAUAGGAUUUAGUGUUAUUGGAUACUUAUUAGGAAGAUUUACGUACAGUAAGGUUUGUCUCCAAAGAGUAAUGCAAGUUCCAGAUGGUACUAUUAGAAAAAUGUUCCCUCAAAAUGAAAAUACUCCUAGGGAUACACUACAUAAUAGUCAAUUUUACACUACUGUUGAAACACCAAAAACUGAUGACUCACUGUGGGACACAGCCACCCCAAAUUCAGAUAUUGAUGUAGCUUCAACUGGUAGUUUUGAUACUGUCCCUUCUGUUAUAGUAUUAUAUUUUCGUCGUUUUAAAGUGUAA